AUGUAUUCACCAUGGACAACAUCAAUGCCUUGUUUAUUUUCAAAUAAUACUAAUAUUAAUUGUAGAAAUCAUCAACAAGAACAACAAUUUAAUUCAUCAUAUAAUAGUAAUGAUUGUUUAAUAAGUUCAUUGAAUAAUCUCGAUUUAUCAAAUCCAUUUAAUAUGGUUGCAACAAAAUCACCAGUAUCAUCAGUUUGGUCAUUGAAUAAUCUUAAUUAUUAUCAUUAUCAAAUAAAUGAACAACAACAACAACAACACAAACAUGAAUUAAAAAAUAAUUAUUUUGAACCAUUACCAUUUAUUGAUGCAGAAAAUCAAUUAAAACAAAAUAAUUAUCCACAAUUAUCUCAAAAACACGCUAUUAUAAAACAAAUGAUCGCUCGAAAAACUAAACAACAACAAGAUAAUCAUCAUCGCUCCCAUUACAACAGUUGCGAUAACAUAUUUUCUUCAACAUCUGAUCGAAAAAAACGACAUAUUUGCAGUUUUUGUAAAACAAAUGGUGAAUCAGCUAGUGUUUAUACUUCACAUGUUUUACGUAAUAUUGAUAAUGAAAUUGAAUGUCCUAUUCUUAUGGCAUAUGUUUGUCCAAAAUGUGGUGCCACUGGUAAAUCAGCUCAUACAAUAAAAUAUUGUACAGCUUUAUCUGAAGGUGAACGUGUUGCAUUGCCAACGGUUAAAUUAUUUAAAGAAGGUCGAUCUUCUUCAGGAAAUAUGAAUUUAUUCAAAAAAUAA